GCAGCAGGUCGAGGCGCUGCGCCUGUCACUCGUGCUGGACCAGCUUAUUGGCGUGGCAGCGGCGGGAGGAUCGUGUCCUGUUUGACCGCUGUUCGCCAUGGGAGAUUCACGACUGCUGCGGGGUGGCGGGUGGUGCCUAGGAGUCGCUCUGGUGGCGGCGGUGAUGGCGUGUGCUGUUGUGGAGGCCGCUGUUAUCAAGGACGAGAUUGACCUUCAGAGGAUGUUCUUUGGGCACAGUGCAUCAAUACCUCCCCUGUGCUUUCAUAAGUUAGCCCAGUGCAAGCUGAACUGCCUGAGUUGUGACGCGUGUUACACAGACUACGUGGCAUGCGGACUGGAUGCCUACGAGACAUCUGAGGCGUCCACCCACCAACCGUCCACCCAUGAACCUUCCUCCCCAGAGCUGUCCACCCAUGAACCUUCCACCCAUGAACCGUCCACUACUGAAGAAGAGCCCACGGACACCCCGCAGCCCCACACUCCAACCAGUUCCUUUAUACUUGACGAGGAGGACGCCGCAUCGCCCGGGCCCCAUCACAAACCGGACAGGAUACGAAUACCCAUCUUAUAUGACCUCAAGUCCUGGAAAGUGAAACUGAUAGAAAAACUUCGCCAAGCACUCAGGACCUCCACCACUACCACCGACGCACCUCUGGAGUUCCUCACCAUGCCGUCAGACUCUGCGCAAGGUGACUCUGUUGGUUCUGCAGGGCAUGAUAGUGCCUACACAGGGCACGGGGGAGCCUACUACCACUACCACCACCACGCCCAGCACCGCCCUCGUCCACACUUCCCUGCACCACCACACUAUCCUGAUCCCUACUAUCCUCCUUCCCACCACGCUAACCCCUUCCAUCCCGUCCCUCAGUACCCUAGUCCCCAUUACCAACACCACCCACACUAUUACUCCCCCAGCACCCCCGAGCCUCAUGCUCACCACGACGACGAGUCUUGCCCUCACCACGACGACGACGACGACGACACCAGCCACCCCGACGACACCAGCCACCCCGACGACACCAGCCACCCCGACGACACCAGCCACCCCGACGACACCAGCCACCCCGACGACAACGACGACGACGACACCAGCCACCCCGACGGCAACGACGACGACACCAGCCACCCCGACGACAACGACGACGACGACACCAGCUAUCCCGACGGCGACGGCGACGACAACACCACACAUCACCCCAACACACAUCACCCCCACCACGACGACAAAAGUACUACCGCACCUCAACCCGACCACGACGACAACCACACCCCAGCACAUCAACCCGACCACGACAAGACCACCAUAGCUCAACCAGACGACGACACAGCCACCACACAUCACCCCAACCAAGACGAGGACAAAUACUACACCACCACACGUCACCCCGCCCACGACAGUGAUGUAGUUACUUCUCACGAACAACCCAACGAUAACACUACACGUCAUCCCAACCAACACGAUGACACCACCCACCACCACGACCAGGACGCAGCGCCGCCUUCCGACCACCACGACCAGGACGCAGCGCCGCCUUCCGACCACCACGACCAGGACGCAGCGCCGCCUUCCGACCACCACGACCACGACGCAGCACCUCCUCCCGGCCACCACGACCACGACGCAGCACCACCUCCCGACCACCACGACCAGGACGCAGCACCUCCUCCCGGCCACCACGACCAGGACGCAGCACCACCUCCCGGCCACCACGACCAGGACGCAGCACCACCUCCCGACCACCACGACCAGGGCACCACACGUCACCCCGACCACUACCACCAGGGCACCACACGUCACCCCGACCACCACCACCAGGGCACCACGCCAGAGCCUACCAAGAAUCCACCUCAACCACACUAUUAUGAGAGUGACUCCACAUCUCCCCCUGCUCCUCCCGCCACUGGAAAGCCCGCUCACCCGCACCACGAAGACGGCUACAGUUCCAAACAUCCUGUAAAACCGCAUUAUACCAGCCACCACCACCACCACCCCCACCUCCACCCACACCCCGAUCCACAUCCCCACCCCCAUCCUGAACCCGAGCCUGAACCUGUCCCAGAAUCAGAACCCAGUCCCGACCCCGAGCCUGAACCUGUCCCAGAAUCGGAACCCAGUCCCGACCCCGAGCCUGAACCUGUCCCAGAAUCAGAACCCAGUCCCGACCCUGAGCCCGAAUUUCAUUUCCCGCCCCUCCCUGAGCAAAGUCCCGAGCCUCACCCUGAGCCCGGCCAGGUUGUCUAUGGCUGAAAACUAACACCGAAGACGGUCUCGCGCCGAGGAUCCCAGGAAGCAGUCCCGCCCUUGAGCAGCGUGGACUUUUCUUCCCGCAGCCUGUGCCACCUACAUGGACGGGCGAGUCUUAGUACCCACGCAGCUCUUCAAGUCGUGGUAUCGAUAUGUGCAUGUGUAGUUUUUAUUUGAAACUUGUUGCUUUUAAAUGUACGAAGUUUUCGUGUGAAUAAAAUUUAGAUGUGUUACUCUUUUU